CCAAACGGCUCCUAAUUGCUCUGUCAGCUCGUGUUCAUGCUGACAGCGGUAUGUUCGGCCAUCGCGCGGUGUACAAGAUCCGCGCUUGUCGUUCUGUCAGCAUCAGCAUGCGCACGGUGUUUCUCGUUCCUCUGUGGCUCCUGGUUGUAUGCAGUACACGCGGUGCUGACAGGUGUAGUGUCCACCGUGUCGCGCAGACGUGAUGAGAUGGUGCGUGGCCCGGUGCUCGUCCUCGGCACUUCCGGUUUGCACGCACGACCACAAGGUGUCGUGCUCAACGAGUCAAACAACGUUACUAAAAGACAGCUGUGCCUGAUCUCUUAGAGACCGGUCUGCCAGGUCUACGUCGCCC